GUAGUGGUUACCUGCUUCAACAGUGCUUGAACGGCAACCUUCUACUCUUUCGAAGCAAUUUAUUUUUGAUUCAAUUCAUCCCUUUUUAAGAACCAAAUUAGAUCAAGCUAUCCAUAAUACUUCGAAUCACUCACACCACCACUUCGGACCAGAAAAACCACAAGAAACAUGACUUCUCAGGUGAGACAGAACUUCCAUCAGGACUGUGAGGCUGCCAUCAACCGGCAGAUCAACCUGGAGCUGUACGCUUCCUAUGUCUACCUGUCCAUGGCGUAUUACUUUGAUCGUGAUGACCAGGCCCUGCACAACUUUGCCAAGUUUUUCAAGAACCAGUCCCACGAAGAGCGUGAGCAUGCUGAGAAGCUGUUGACAGUUCAGAACCAGAGGGGAGGGAGAAUCUUCCUGCAGGACGUCAAGAAACCAGAGAAGGAUGAGUGGGGUAGUGGUGUGGAGGCCCUUGAGAGUGCCCUGCAGCUGGAGAAGAUUGUGAACCAGUCCCUGCUGGACCUGCACAAGGUCUGCUCUGAACACAACGACCCACACCUGUGUGACUUCAUUGAGACCCACUACCUGGACGAGCAGGUGAAGUCCAUAAAGGAGCUGGGUGACUGGGUGACCAACCUCCGCCGCAUGGGUGCCCCCCAGAACGGCAUGGCCGAGUACCUGUUUGACAAACACACUUUGGGGAAGGAGAGCACAUAGAUAGACCCUCCAUCUUCUUGCUAUAUCUUAUAGCUGUAGUUCUGUCUUGCUUGAUAGAUCUGACUCGUCUGUUUCUGUCAGGGACUGGCAUCAAUAAAGUUUAUCCUUGAAUCCUUAGUUUGCGCUAAUCUUCAACCAGUUCCUAUAAGCCAUUUCCCCAAGCCUAUGGCUGUUUUCCCCUCUUCAAAUUGACGGUCUUGCCUGCUUUUGUUUUGAUGGCAGUUGUCAUCAAACUGAAUAAAACCCUCUGGAUUCUGA